AUGGGAGAAGGACACUUCUUAGAUGUUGUUCCUAUACCUAAAAAUAACAUUGAACCAUCUUACAAAUUCUUAAAUGAUGAAUUAUUUGUUAAAUUAGAUGGAGUUAGUAAACAAACUUUAGGUAAUGAAUUUAGAAAUAUAUCAGAAAAGAAAGCUCAUAUUAUAAAUUCAUUUAUUCAACAAUUCAAAUUACAUAUUGGUGAUGAUUUAUAUCCUACUGCACGAUUAGUAUAUCCCGACAAAGCUGGUAGAUUGUAUUAUAUUCGAGAUGUAACAUUAGCGCGAUUAAUUAUUAAAAUGUAUAAUAUCCCUAAGGAAUCAGAAGAUCAUCAUAUUUUAUAUAAUUGGAAAUUACAAUAUCAAAAGACAAAAAGAUUUACAGUUGAUGUUGAAAAAUUACGUGAUUUACCAUUACAAGCAUCAAGAAUCAUUGCAAAUAGAAGAAAUUAUAUGAGUGAAACAAAAGAAUAUACCAUAACUGAAAUUAAUAAUAAACUUGAUGAAUUAAAUAAUGCCAAAAAAUCAGCAGAACAAAUCGAAAUCUUAAAACCUUUAUUUGAUACUUUGACAAUCCCAGAAGUCAGAUGGUUAUUUCAUAUAAUCUUGAAAAAAUCAAUCUUGGGAAGAUUUGAAAAUUAUUUUUUGAAUAGUUGGCAUCCUGAUGCAAGUCGUGUCUAUAUGAUUUGUAAUGAUUUACAAAAGACGGUAAAUUAUUUACUUGAUCCAAAUAAACGCGUAGAUCCGAAAUUAUUAUGUAUACAUCCAACAUAUAGGUUCAAACCACAAUUAGCACAAAAAUUGACUAAAAGUUAUGAUAAAACCGUGAAAGAUUUACAAAAAUUAGUAGAUAUGGAUCCUCAAACUUCAGAAUUAUUUGAAAAAUUAGAUCUUGAAAAUAAAUUUUAUAUUGAAGAGAAAAUGGAUGGUGAUAGAAUGGUCUUGCAUAAACAAGGUAAGAAUUUCAAAUUUUAUUCAAGAAGAUUAAAAGAUUAUUCAUUUUUAUAUGGAGAAAAUUUAGAAUUUGGAUCCUUGACUAAAUAUUUACAAAAUGCGUUUCCAGAUAAUGUCCAUUCAGUUGUAUUAGAUGGAGAAAUGGUUGCAUAUGACUAUAAACGGAAAGCAAUUCUUCCAUUUGGAACUUUAAAAUCACUGGCCAUUCAAGAAAGUGUUAGACAAUAUACCACUAUUGACCAAUAUGAUAAUCAAUCUUCAUAUCCAUAUUACCUUAUUUUUGAUAUUCUUCAUCUUAAUGGACGAAAUCUAACCAAUCACCCAUUAUUCUUUCGGAAAAAUGUCCUUAGCAAAAUAAUCAAUCCAAUUCCUCAUAGAUUCGAGGUUCAUGAAGCGAGAAUCGGUUCCUCCGUCGAAGAUAUCAAAAAGGCAAUUCGUGACAUUGUUAAAACCAGAAGUGAAGGAUUAGUAUUAAAACACGUCCAACUGAAAUAUUUAGUCGGAUUUCGCAACCCACAAUGGAUAAAAUUAAAACCCGAAUAUUUAGAAAAGUUCGGUGAAAACCUUGAUCUUACCAUCAUUGGUAAAAUCCCCGGUGUGAAAAAUUCAUACAUGAUGGGACUUAAGAAUGAACCAGAUGGGGCAUUUUAUAGUUUUGUUCAAGUUGCGAAUGGAUUCACUAAUGAUGAAUAUGAUAAAAUCGAACGGUUAACUCACGGGAAAUGGAUCAAGACAAAAGUACAAACCCCACCUCAACUGGUUAUAAAAUUCGGUACACGACAACCUACAUAUUGGAUCCACCCGCGAGAUUCACUCGUGUUGGAAAUAAAAGCCAGAUCUAUAGAUACGUCACUUGAGAAGACGUACGCGGUUGGAUCGAGUUUACAUAAUAAUUAUUGUCGAAGAAUUAGGGAGGAUAAGACGGUACAUGAGUGUGUUACCAUGCAAGAAUAUUUGGAAAUUAAGGCGAGAUAUCUGACUGAAUUGAAUAAAUCACAAAAUGCAGUAUUGAAACGGAAACAAUUACGUAGUCUUGGGUCAUUUCUGGAUGAACCCCUAUAUAAGAAAGUCAAGAUUGAAUCUAAUUUAUUUUCAAAAUUUAAUUUUAUUAUCGUGAGUGAUAAAGUUGAUCAAGUCACGGGAGAACGGACCAGUCGUGAAGAAUUGAUGAAGUUGGUGAAGAAAUUUGGUGGGAAAUUGAUACAUGCUAUCGAUAUCCUAUCAGCCGAUCAUACCGUUAUUAUAACUGAGAAAAACCUCCCACUUUGUGAACAAUACACUAGUAAAGGAAUUGAUCUAAUCCGACCCCGGUGGAUAUUUGAAUGCAUUAACCGAAAUCAAAUCGUUCAAUUAGAACCAUGUUUUAUAUUCAGUACUCCAGAUUGGGACCGUUUCGAACGAGGUAAAAUCGACGUCUAUGGAGAUUCAUACGUUAUCCAUCAUCCAAUUACCGGCUUAUCCAUCCCUCUCCUAUCCCCUGAACAAAUCAAUCAGGCUAGAGAUGUACAUGCUGAUGAAUGGGGAGAAACAUUACCCAAAUUAUAUCUAUUCUAUCAAUUACGAUUCUUUGUGGUCGGACAAGGAAUGGCUAGUGAUAUGCUCAAAGAUCGGAUUGAGAGAUAUAAUGGAGAAAUCAGUGACAAAUAUUUGGAUGUUUCAUAUAUUGUUAUACCUAGAUGGCAAGAUGAACAUAACCGAGACGUUAUUAUGGAUAUUGUGAAUGAAAUUUCGAGUACUAUUAGUAAAGAAUUGAAAUUUGGAGCUGAGCUGUUAGUCACGAGAUUGCCUAAUAUUGUGAAUCAGGGAUUUGUGGACCAGUGUAUUAAGGAGAAUACGAUUGUCGAUCCUGAGGAUUUUAAGUUUUAUUGA